UACAGUUUAAUAGCCUCAACAUUGAUCUUGGCAUGAUGUGAAAUGCAGAGUGUUUUCAUGCAGAUAUAAAUUUUGCUACCGUAUUUACGAUUUUUACAAAACAAAAUGUAACUAAUGAGGUCGUGAUAACAUUCACCCUAACUUAGCUCAAAACAAUAAAAGCAAACACUGCCCGAAACGCUUUGCGUAAUAGUGGCUUUAGGUAUUGUAUGUACUAGCUCUAGCUAUAAAUCAAUCAACUUUUGUAUCUUACCUUGUAUGUAUGUACUUUACCUAAAUAAAUAUUUGUAUUUGUAUUUGUACUAGAUUCAAGUUUCCCGCGCGCGCGCCCAACCCUACACAUUACUGAGCACCCUGGGAGAGGCUAGCGGCGCCGAGAACGAUAACUUGUAAUAACGUUCUACAUAUCACGUCGCCCGAGGUCACAAUACCAGUUUUUAUUAGAUUUAUUGAUUUUGCAGCAUAUACUACGUCCCUUUUAAUAUAACAAGCUGGUAUACUGUGUCCAGCAGUGCAGUACGAGCUCCACAAAAGUGCGAGCAAGUGCCAGAUGUCGCCAUACUGUAGGUUGCCACGGAGCGGCAGUAUCGUAUCUACUCGGUGUACUGAGGGUUGUAACUUUCUCUUUUCUUAUCUGUUCACCACCAACUUCAAUAUUCGAAGUACUGAGAGGAUCCUGCCUAGUUCUCACAACCUCCAGACAUCAUAGAGGCGUGUGUGGCGAGCGUACGCAGCACCGCUGAUGAAAUAUGCUCAGCUGUGAGAUUCUACUUGAAAUCUGGGUGAGAAUUAGGAACAACGGAAACAUCACACGAGACCAAUACGGGGUUCAUCAUGGAUAACCCACACGAGACCAAUACGGGGUUCAUCAUGGAUAACCCACACGAGACCAAUACGGGGUUCAUCAUGGAUAACCCACACGAGACCAAUACGGGGUUCAUCAUGGAUAACCCACACGAGACCAAUACGGGGUUCAUCAUGGAUAACCCACACGAGACCAAUACGGGGUUCAUCGUGAACACCUCUCAAGCAGCACCUACGCUAUUCGUCAUGGAUAACUCUCAAGGGACCCCUACAGGAAUCAUCAAUGACCACACUGCUGAACACAUGCUAGAAAUCCCAUUAGAAGAAUUAAUUGAAAAUAGUGACCUAAUGGCCUCCCAGACGCCAAUCUUGCAGGGCGAAGGCUGUCCUCAGCCUACACCUGAGCAGUCCAGUGUACCAGGUUGUGUAAACACUCCCACAAUGCCUGACAAUUACGCAAAUUCUUCUGCUAGAAGCAACGCUCUGGGUAACACAACAUACACCCAGGGUCAGUUAUCCGUGCCACACAUCCCUGGAACUCUAUAUUCAGUGUCCACAACUUUCCAACCUGAUCAUUUUAAUUCACCGCCCCAGUUUGAGACUCUGACAACGCCAACCCAAUAUACUCCCUGUACUAGUGGAGACAGACAGGAGAGCCACGGAGCAACUGGCACAGAUCAAACUUUGAAUAAUGUACCAGUCGAGCCAGAUAAUGUUAGGUCAAGGAGCCAAGCAUUUAACACUGUUGGGGAUUAUGUUACGAAUGAUUUAAAUGGGUUUUAUGCAUACGAAAUUGUCACCAGUGCUGUAAACACGUUCGAAGAGCCUCAACCGGCAAAAUUAAGAAGCAAACAUUUCAACUAUAUAGGAAAUAAUUAUAAACAAGAAGUUCAAGGAGAGCCUUCGGGCACAGACUUUAACGAAUUGCUGGUCUACCUCUUUCAUGACCAACAAAUGCAGAUGAAUUCCGACUCAAACUAUAAUACCAACCAUGAGUGUCUCGCUGUUCAAGAUGGUGACCUAUUGGGGCACCAACUUUACAAACCCUAUUGCUUACCAAAUGCAAACACAAGCUGUGUAAACUCCAACCUUGAUAAUGAACCUCAAAACAUUAGUGAAUUCAGCAGUGAACCAAAUAAUCACUCCCUGACAGCUGAACCCACAAACUUAAGUUCCCCGCCUGACAUAGUCGAUAGACAGGUGAACACAGAUGAAGGAAACCAAGUUGUGGAGAACGUAGUAGAACCUAUUCAACACAUACAGGAACCCGACAGAGGUGACAACGAAGAAACUUUAAUGGACGUGAAUGUCGUCCCUGCUCUGAAUCUCUCAUCUGGAAUCAGUGCCAUCACAGCCAGUGAAUAUACUCCACCGCCAGCUCGGUCACGUCGCUCUCGUAAGAAAGAAUCGACUAAAAAAGUGAAGGAAUAUGAACGACAGGAGCCUUAUCCAGAUAUAGAAAAAGAAAGGAGGAGAAAAGACGCCAUCAGAGCCAAGAACUGCAGGGAGAAAAACAAGUCUAAGAUGGAUGUACUAGAGGCUACAAUUAAGGACCUGCUGCAAGAGAAUAGCAACCUGAGUAGAGAGAACAGCAACCUGAGUAUGGAGAAUGCCAACCUUCUGCAGGAGGUGGAAGCUCGUCAACGAUAUGAAUGCAGUGUUCUGGAACUCCUCAAGUCAAAAUACAACAUCGUUCUUCAGCAAUAUCAACAAGACUGGUCAACAUCACCACAAUAACCCUCGCCGUCUGACCAACUCCUCCUCCAAGUGCCUUCACGAGCGGUAAUAGCAAGUGCUUCAAUAAUAAUGAUACUACUGUCGAAAUAACAUAAUACAUUAUAAAACAAAAUAUAUACCGAUAACAGUAAUACCUAAAUGCGUUUGUGUACUUAAAGAAACAUAAUAUGUAUCAUUAAAUAUUAUUGGCUAGUUUAUACAAAUUUGUAAAGAGAUUCUUUAGAAUGGUACAAUGGAUUAAAAGCUGUUUGGUUUUAACAAAAAGUUUUAUAAUCUACGAGGUAAAUUAAUUAACAAUCACAUUUAAUAUAUUUAAAACCCCUAUGCUGACUUCAUAUAAAGAUACAUCAUACCCAAUUGUUUUUUCAUUAGCUUAUACAUUACUACAUUUUCUAAAAUAGUCAAUUAUAGUACUUUAAACUUUGUUUACAUGAUUGCUUUGUGCACAAAAUUUUGCUAUUUAAAAGUUUUAUAUAGUCCAUCAUACACCAAGAUAUACAGUCUGAUAUUUUACAUAUAAACUAAACUUCCAAAGAUUAUGUUAGGAUAGCGUGUAUAAUGGCAGUGACUGCAUGCUGUUCUGUUAUUGUGACAUGUAAUUAAUGUACUGAAAUUUUUACGUAAGCUUUCCCAAUUAUAAAUGUACAACCAUUUAUGACUAGAGAUUUUGAUCUGAUUUGAUCAUAAUUAUAAAUGGUUGUAUCAUGCUAAUAUAUUGCUUGUAUAUUUAUAGAUUUAUUUGUAUAAUAUACAUUAUUUAUAAAAAAAAUUCUGUAUAAUAUACAUGUCUAUGCAGCUAAAAUUUUAAGAUAAUGUAAUAUGAAUUUAAUUCUCUCUCUCUCUCUCUUUGGACUGUCUCUAAUUAUAUUUUAGUAAAUUAAGAUGCAACAGAUGUGCUAUUUGUUCAUGAUAUUUUUGUCAGAACAUAUUUCCUAUAAGUUUAAAAUUCAUCGAAUUCAUAAGAUUUUAAUAGUUUUAAGGCAACACAUAAAAAAGGCAUUUUUCUUUAAGAACUAUUAUCAUACUGAGAAUGUAACACCUGCAGUGUACAAAUACAUUUAUACCUGUUCUUGUACCCGUCUGGUCAGUAUACAUUGCUUUGUCGUCAUCAAAUGUUACGUACUUGUCCUCUUCAGGCACUCAUUCCUGAUGGGCUCAAACAUCCCUUACGAGCCCCACAAGACCUUCAACACGGUAGUGUGACCAGUUAAUAGUGCAAAAUGUACUCAUUGUUACUGAUAAAGAACAUCUGUGAAUGUUAUGUACAAGUCUGUACAUUAAUUGAUCAAUGUAAGGAGUUCUUCACUAUCGACAAAAUAUUUUUGUACUGUAUUUUUUGUACACUAUUUCCAUCUCAACAUGUUGGCUUGGACGAGUGCCAAACCCAGGUGAUCUACAGUACUAAAUAAAAUCAGUAAUUUUA